GGAGGCAUUAUAUGUCCAGCUGGAAGCCAGGCUGUUCCCCAGAAAGGCCAAAGGCCUGGCUGCCCCAAGGAAGACCUGUUCUUUAGAUGAGCUGGACUUUGUUUACUGAAGACAAGUGUGAAAACUGGUAACCUCAGUGUCUAUCAUGUGGAACACCUCGGAUGUCAACUUCUCCUGUUACCAUGAGUCCGUGUUGGGCUAUCGUUACUUUGCAGUUGCCUUGGGCGUGGUAGUGACUGUGACAGGCACCGUGGGCAAUGCGCUCACCCUGCUGGUAUUGGCCAUCCGUCCUAAGCUCCGAACCCGCUUCAACCUGCUCAUUGCCAACCUCACCCUGGCUGAUCUACUCUACUGCACGCUCCUGCAGCCUUUCUCCGUGGACACAUACCUCCACCUCCAUUGGCGCACCGGCGCCAUCUUCUGCAGAAUAUUUGGCCUCCUCCUCUUUACUUCCAAUUCUGUCUCCAUUCUCACCCUCUGUCUCAUUGCUCUAGGACGCUACCUCCUCAUUGCCCACCCUAAGCUCUUUCCCCAGGUUUUCAGUGCCAAAGGGAUCGUGCUGGCUCUGGUGGGAAGCUGGAUUGUGGGGGUGGCAAGCUUUGCCCCACUCUGGCAAGUAUUUGUGUUGGUGCCGGUGGUCUGCACCUGUAGCUUUGACCGCAUUCGAGGCCGGCCUUACACCACCAUUCUCAUGGGCAUCUUCUUUGUGCUUGGACUCAGCAGUGUGGGUGUCUUCUACUGCCUCAUCCACCGCCAAGUGAAGCGUGCUGCUAGAGCACUAGACCAAUACGGGCUGCAGCCGGCCAGCCAUUCUCAUCAGGUGGCUGGAACAAAUGAGGCUAUGCCUGGCCACUUCCAGGAGCUAGACAGCGGGCUUGCAUCAAGAGGGCCCAGCGAGGAGAUUUCAUCUGAGCCAGUCAGUGCUUCGACCACGCAGACCGUGAAAGGUGACCCGUCAGAAACGCAGAACCAGGACACUAAAAAGUCAGCCCAGCAUAUUGCAGAGAGAGGCCUUCCUGAAGCACAUCACAGGGGCCGGGAAGCUACAGGGGCGCGCAGAGCCCCGGAUGCUCCAUCGGAGUUCGGGAAGGUGACGCGCAUGUGCUUCGCGGUGUUCCUCUGCUUCGUCCUCAGCUACAUCCCCUUCAUGCUGCUCAACAUUUUGGACGCCAGGGGCCGCGCUCCGCGGGUAGUGCACAUGGUGGCUGCCAACCUCACCUGGCUCAACAGCUGCAUCAACCCGGUGCUCUACGCAGCCAUGAACCGCCAGUUCCGCAGCGCAUAUGGCUUCAUCUUGAAACGCGGUCCACAGAGUUUCCGUCGGUUCCAUUAGAGCUGGUAGUUCAUUCACCAGGCCAGGCCAGCAUCUGGAGUAGCCCAUGUGGGCAGAACAGGAGACAUUUUCACAGACCACCUCAGUGGUCUUGGGGUACACCGCUUCCCUAUCCGGGAAUCAGUGUGUCAGCCCUGCGUGACCUAAGGUCAAUUAUUAAUAAAUGCA